UCAGAAUCACUCGCCUGAUGGGUGAAUCCUUCCGGCUCCAUUCGCAAGCCCUCGUCGGCUAUCAGGAUGACAUUGCUGCAUCCUCUAGCGUCUCCACCCCCUCGAUGACUUCUCAGGGGGCCGAUGAGGAGAGCGUGUAUUAGUGAUGACGACCUCGACGAUCUCAUUUGUUGUUUCUGGGGUUUGGGGUUUCUUUUCCUAGGCAUAUACCUCUCUAGCGGGUUCUUUUCUUUUUUCUUCUCUUUUUCCUUGCCGUCUUUCCUGUUUCUUCUUUCUCUCUUUCUUUUGAGUAUGUCUUGUUCUUGGACGGGUUUCGGUGGCGCGGGAAGGUGUGGGUUUCCAGGUUUUGUUGAUCUGAUCUCGCUCUGCUUUCUUCUCUGCAUUUCGCGUCUGCAUCGUCAUGGUCUCAGGCAAUACUGGGGGCAGGUUUGGAACACACCGGUUUCGCAUUGGUCCGGCGGAGGGGGACCACAGCGCUCCUGGCGCAACCCUAAUAUCUGCAACACUGUUGGCUGGUCCAUGUGGAGGGAUUCUCUUUCUUCCUGUCUCAUUAGCUACGGCGCCCCUACCGUUUAUUAAUGGCCUUCACGUCGACUUCUUGGGGAGUCGUCCCUAUUAGUAUCCUUCUCGACUACGUCCCGGAUACCUUGUUCGAUAUACUACAGUUUGCCACUCUGACAGCCUCGCUCAUCACUUCUUUUGAUUUUCUUUCUCUUUUCAUUUCUCUCUUUUCCAGUCUGUUCUACUUCUGUACUA